AUGGAGGCCAAAAUCGAUGGAGUGCUCAGCCGCAUGGAGAUUGCGGCAGAGAAGGUGGAGCUCUAUUGCAGCAGUAAAGUGAAGCUGCCGAUGGCCGAGCUGGACUACUUGAAGACACUGGAGGAUGCACGCGACUUCAUGACCAUGAUGGUGACGAAAACCAGUGACAAUCGCCAGCAGUUGGCAGAUGUAUUUGGCGGCGACUGUUCCAGAAUUGCACGGAUACGCACGGUUCUGGAUGGUGUGGUUCUGUCGGACAUGAACUGCAAUGAUCAGCGUGUCCGAACUUGCACCGAGGCUUGCGCUACCAUCGAAAAGGUCCUGGAGGACAUGGGCCUUGGAUGGUGCUUGAAGAAAGCUUGCGAUGAGCAGAAGGCCAACUUGGGGCGUCGACGCAGCAGCCUCGACCGCGAGGCCGCCCUCGCCAUGGCCCAGGCCGCCCAGGCGGCGGAGGCCCAAAGUCAGCAGGCCGAGGUCGCACCCGUCGCGCCCUCCCCGGCAAAGGUCUCGACAGCUGCGGACCAAUGGGCCCAGUAUAUUGACGAGGAUUUUGUGAAGCGGGUGUUGGCGUGCACCGAAGCCACGGAACUCCAUGACCUGGAGAAAGAGGCAAUGGCCUGCAAGUCAUCCAAAAUCGGUAACUGGAUGAUAUGGAUGGUGCACAGGGCACAUCUGGACGACGCGACCUUGGUCAAAUUCGACUUCACGAACCUGAAGAUGCCGGAAGGGAAUGUGGAAGCGCUGAUUUCUCCAAAGCUGGCCGUCGCCAUGGAGAGCAACAAGCACAUCGAGCAGUUGCUCCUGGGUUGCAGCAAUUUGCAAGACCCAGAAGCGGCCAUCCUGGCAGUGUCACUGCGCUCCAACAGCUCUUUAAAGGUCUUGAACAUCGACACCAAUGCCAUCCAACCCCUGACCCUGGAGUCCAUCGCAAAGGGCACCAGUGUCAACCAAGCUUUGCAGGAGUUGCGUUGCAACAACACGGCCAGUGGGAGGCUGGUCACCGAGGCUUUUCUCCACGCCCUGAAGUCCAAUCCCAUGAUGUGCAAGCUCGGCUAUCCUGUGACGGAUGCCUACUUCCGCGGCGAGAUCGACAAGCAGCUGACCCGCAACAACGACGCCGCCCGGAAGCGCCGCCUGGAGGAAAAGCGCCGCAAAGAGGCGGAGGCGGAGGCACUCGGCGACAGCCCGAGCCAUCAGAGCCCGAGUGCCAAGGCGUACCCGAAGGUGAGUGCAAAGGCCAACGCUAGUUGGCCUCCCAAGGCACCCGCCGUUUCGGAGGCUGUGCCGGAGACAGCACAGCCCGAGACCAAGCCCGAGGCCAAAGAGGUCGCGGAGGUGGCCGAGGCGACAGCCGUGACGGACACGGAAGCAGAGAAGGAUGUCGACGCACAGUCAAGUCCCAAAGCUCCGGAGGCGGCGCUCGCGGAGGCGGCCGAGGCGACAGCCUUGAUGGACACGGAAGCAGAGAAGGAUGUCGACACACAGUCAAGUCCCAAAGCUCCGGAGCCCGAGAAGGCCGAGCCUGCUUCGGAAACGGGCAAAGCGGAGAAGGAAAUAGGGACGUGCCAGGAGGAAACGAAGGUUUCCGAGAGUCUCGACGACGGCUCCGAGCCAACGAAGACUACCCAGACCAUCGAAUCCUUUCUCGCUGAACCCUUGGAUGCCCUUCCGGGCAUGGUCGAUGGCACGCACGGCGUUUCUGCAAAGGCCGACUUUCGUGGCUACCUCUACAAGAAAAGCCCGGCCACUCUGCGGAUGAAGGCCUGGGACUGGAGGUUUUUCGUGAUCCAUGGCCGUCGGCUGGUGUGGUGGAGGAGAGACCGAGAUGUUCCGGAGACCGCGGAAGACUUGAUGCAUCCUGACCCAAGUGGGUGUAAAGGCUUCAUUGACUUCGCUCUGAGCCGUGCCCGAGUUGUACCAGAUGAAAAGAACCCCACGCUGUUCAUGCUGGAGGCGGUCGAUGGUGCCUGGAAGGACGGCUCCCUCAAGGACAUGAGCGAUGCACAGCGGACGUUUGAGUUUGAUUGCGCUGAUUCAGCACACACCCGCGGGCAGUGGAUCGCAGCCUUGUGCAAACUGCAAGAAUGA